AUGGCUGGGGUGGCAUCAACGUUGGCCAAGAAGAGGGCUUUGGCCGCAGGAUUUGGCACUAAUGCCAAUGCGUCGAAGUACCUUAACCAGGACUUCAAGUCUCUCAGGAGCGAGUGUCUGAACAGAGGUUCACUCUUCACGGAUUCCACUUUUCCAGCCGAACCUGAGUCCUUGGGAUUCAAUGAGCUUGGGCCAAGAUCUUCCAAAACCAGAGGUGUGCAAUGGAAACGACCUGGGGUAAGUUACUGGGCGUGAAAAUGUGUCUACUCUAUGACUGAAUUUGUAUUGAUCAAAAUAGACCAAAGCGUUAUCUAUCAUUUUCUAUCACUGUAAGAUUUUUUUUUAACAACAAAUAUAACAAAAUAUAACAAAAUAUUUGACAAAACAGUAUACCAAAUAAAACAGACAAACUUUAUACACAGGAAGUUGAUCUACAACACAUAUUUAGAAACAAGUUAUGAUGCAAUGUAAAUAUGAUCAAACACUAGUUAACCAAACCUAAACUUCAAAGAAAAAGGCUAAACCAAAACUCAGAAUUUACAACCAGAUCAAAAACAGCUACGAUCCAGAACCUCUCACCUAACCAGAAACCAAACUUCCCUGUGUGCCCAAUUAAAAACCUGUAUACUGCCUCUGGCAAUUGAAGUAGUUAGGUUCAAUGCCAUAGAAGAAGUAGAGGAACUAUGUACUGUCUGUGAUUUAGGGGAGGUAGAGAAUGAACUGCACUUUUUAUUUUAUUGUUCUUUAUGUGAUGAUCUGAGAGCUGUACUGUUUGAUAAAAUGUUGCAAAGAAAACAACAGGAAGUAUUCAGGAUUAGAGAUUAAGAAAAACUUGAAUGUCUAUUUAGGAAAGAAGUAUUCCUUGUUACACAUUUUAUCUUCGAAGAUGCGACUUGAAAUGUUUCUGUUUUGUUUUCUCAAUUGUUUUUCACUGCCAUGUCGUAGCCGGCCGCGACCGGGAGACCAAUGGGGUGGCGCGCAAUUGGCCCAGCGUCGUCCAGGGUAGGGGAGGGAAUGGCCGGCAGGGAUGUAGCUCAGUUGAUAGAGCAUGGCGUUUUCAACGCCAGGGUUGUGGGUUCGUUUCCCACAGGGGGUAUGAAAAAAAAUCAUAAUAAUAAUGUAUGCACUAACUGUAAGUCGCUCUGGAUAAGAGCGUCUGCUAAAUGACUAAAAUGUAAAUGUAAAUAUGAAUGUGUGUGUAUAUAUAUAUAUAUAUAUAUAUAUAUAUAUAUAUAUAUAUGUGUGUAUGUGUACACUACCAGUCAUAAGUUUGGACACACCUACUCAAAUGCAGUGUUUUAUAAGGACAUGUCCUGAAGAUGCAUGACACUAAAAAUAAAUAAAUAAAUCAAUCACAGGUGUAUACACACUUAAAGGCCCUGAACAGUCAUUCUGAAUGGCUAACUACCAGGAAGUUUGAAAAGACAGGCGUGGCGAUACGCAAAGCAACUCAAACAACAUUGACAUUGCAUCAAUUACAUCUAUAUAUUUUUUUUAUACACCUCCAGUUUGGCAUGUCUCUUGUUAUGCAGUUCACAGCUGCACUGACAGGUGUGUUGAUUCGACGACUGUGUCUGAAUUUUGAACGACUAUUACCCCCCUUUUUGUUCCAUGCUGGCUGAAGACCUAGUUAGCCAGUAACUAGGUAACACCAGACACAUAUAAAAGGGGAAACGUAUAAGUAUCUUUGCCAUAGAUGAAUAGGGUAAACUUUUAAUUAUAUUUGCUGACACCUAUAAUCACAUGUUGGCACCAGUAGAGUAGCCGUCUAGCUAUAUAAACCACGCCCCUCUGCAAACACGCCUUCUCCGAUGUUGGUUACAAGGCGGUACUUAUUUAAAUUAGGUAAGAGAAUAUCAUGUUACCGUUGGUGUAUUAAAAUGAGAGUUUAGGUGAUGUCACCUUGUCCUCCUUAAUAAUGAAUCCAAGUGUUUGACUUGGGGGAGGGCACCAGUGACUUUAUGAUCAGACUUUGUCAAUGUAGAAGCAGCAGUCAUUUUUUUUUAUACAUUGGUCAUCAUACUUUGAUCUGGUUUCCUUUAAUUAUCAUCAAAUUUCAUGAGAAACCAUGAUUUUGACUGUUCAUGACCUUGCUUUAAUAUUUUCAUGCAGCAUUUUCAAAUAAUAUUCAAGUUCAUUUAGAAAAAGUCAGAAUCUUGGCUUUGCUUUUUCCCCACUUGCGUUUCUGCAUAGAAUAUGUAUCAUACAUAAUGAAGAGAUAAAUUAUAUAUACUUUGUUCUGAUCUUCAUCGUCAAACAAAAGUCAUCACUGGAAAUAUAUCUUUAUAGCUUAAGUCAGUGACGUGGGAGUAGUCUGAUGGGCGUGUCCGGAUGCUUGUUACCCAUUUGAUUAUAGCGGACUAUUGGGCGUAAAUCAAUCACUUCCUCAUUCUAUUCUAUCCAAACUGAACCUGUACCAUACGGCUAAAUAAAUGACGAACAUGAUCAGGGUGACUCAUCCUCCAACCAUUUGUAUGGAACGUUGGAGUUAGUCAUCUGAUCCCACUCCUUUUUGUUUUAGGCUGUCAACAGAUCAACUCAUAGGCAGUGAACUUUGAGACCGUUGAGGUUACAUUAGCUCAUUGUGGACCCUCCCCCUUACUUGUGCAUAACUUUAAUGUUUAUCAGUCUACCCUCUUCAUUCCGAUGUGCUUUUAUUUCAUAACUAUUAUUGAUAAUGACUGAUCCUCCCAUUCAAAUCUGCUAUUAAAGUUAAUAUUCUGUUAACUCAUACCCAAAUAAUGUUGUUGACUCAUCCUGUACUCGUAUUUGUGGUCAAAGCAUAAAUUAGUGAAAAAAAUACAUUAAAAAAAAAACACCAUCUUAAACUUGUAUCUUAAACAGACUAUUUCAAAAAUGCUUGCAAUGGUGAAAUCCUCCUCCGGGCCAAUCAGCGGUCUACUCGCAUGAAUAGUUUUAAUGACCGGUAUACGCCCACACCAUUCUAUAUUGGGGUACGCCCACACCAUUCAAACACAGAAAAGCUACUUUUUUUUAACAUACUUAAUUAAAAAAUGUUGGAAUUAAAAUGAUUUCACUCAUAUUGUAAUUAAUUAUAGGUCAUAUUUCAUAGAAAUCUGGAAACACUGGACAGUUACUUUAAAAGUUCAAAACACAGUCUUAAUCAUGUAUUGGUCCCUCCCUGAAUAGUAGAGUUGAUAAUAAAUCAAAUGCAGUACUCUAUGAAAUAACGGAGGUUACAUUAGUAGCUCAUUGUGCAGUGCUCUAUGAAAUAACGGAGGUUACAUUAGUAGCUCAUUGUGCAGUGCUCUAUGAAAUAACGGAGGUUACAUUAGUAGCUCAUUGUGCAGUGCUCUAUGAAAUAACGGAGGUUACAUUAGUAGCUCAUUGUGAAGUGCUCUAUGAAAUAACGGAGGUUACAUUAGUAGCUCAUUGUGCAGUGCUCUAUGAAAUAACGGAGGUUACAUUAGUAGCUCAUUGUGCAGUGCUCUAUGAAAUAACGGAGGUUACAUUAGUAGCUCAUUGUGCAGUGCUCUAUGAAAUAACGGAGGUUACAUUAGUAGCUCAUUGUGCAGAUAUUUCCCCCAAGCUAGUGUAUUGCUUCAAUUAGGGCUGCAAAGUUGGGAAGCCUCAAAUCUGUAGUUCGUAAUAUCUUUCACAGUCUUACUCAUGCUUUGGUUCCUCCCUGAAUAGGAGCUGGUGUCCAGCCCAGAGUUCAUCGUUGGUGGCGCCUCAAGAACCGACAUUUGCCAAGGCGGCCUGGGUAAGUCCCCUUUAUAUUAG